AUGGACGAAGAACAAAAGGCAAUCACUAAGGCCAUAGCAGCUGAAUAUACCAAUAAACACCGCCAAGCCAUCUAUAGAACUGUGGAAUAUGUCCAACAGAAAAGAAGAAGAUUUAGUAAGGCAGAUGUGGCAGUCAUUACAACAGUCUGUGAGGUAGCAGUUCGAUUAGUAAGGCUUACAUUGGUUAAGCUUAGAUUAGGAAUCGCUCGUUUCAAUGCAGGCGUAAAAACUAUGAAAAUCAUGCUUUGCGUCAAAAAAAAGGAGAUUGUUGAUACUGGAUAUGAUGUGUGUAAUAUUCAUGCUCCAGAAGAUGAAAACAAUAUUGAUGUUGUCAAUGUUGAUUUGAAACCUGACUCUCACUACACUGAAGCAAGGAAGAUGGAACUUUACAGAUGGGAUUUUUAUUUGAGAAGAAAAUACCAAAAUUAG